AAAAAAUUAUGUUAUUUUUUUAUUGUUUUAUGGCCAGUAAUCAAGUGCGUUUUUGAUAUUGCUGAUUUUUAUCUAUGGGUUGAAGAAAUUGAAGAAAGCAUUACGUAUGGAUUUGUGAAAUUUGAAUGCAAAGAACGAUUUUGAGAACAGUGGGUGGUUUUGGUAACCGCAUGGCUUUAAGCAAUAAUGGAGGAAUGCGCCGAGCGCUUUUUAUUAUUUUACUUAUAUUUACCUGUGUUUUUACGUAUAUGUAUUGGAAUCAGAUGCGAACUGAUGACGCAGUUUCGUUAGCAGCAUUACCACAACAAUUAAAACAGCAAAAAGGAGUAGGAGAAGUUUACGAUGAAAUAUAUGCAUCUUCAGAACCAGAGGUUGUACAACCAUGGAUUUGGGUUUGUACAAAUAAUCACUGUGAGCGGCGUCUAAAAAAGCAAAUAGGCACAAACGAUGAAAAUAAUGGACAUUCCUUUCGUACUUGUAACAUGUUAUGUGGUUCUACUCAAUUAUGGCCACAACCUACAGGUCCCAUAUCAUUGGGAUCAAAUUCCGUAUCAUUCCUUCCAAACCAUCUUUAUUUAGAGGCAGAAGUUCCAGCUGCAGUUUUACAAAUGGUAAAUACAGCAUUCGAAAUAUUCAAAACUAAUGUUCGUGUGAUGUCUCGCACAAAAAAUCCAUACACACCUGGUGUGCAGAAAUUUAUGGUCAAAAUUAAAAUAGUAAAACCCAUUCAGCGAUUAAAAUUAGAAACAUCAGAAAGUUAUACACUACAUAUACGUUAUUCACACGAAUCGAUUAUAUGUUCAAUUGAAGCAGACACAUAUUUUGGUGCCAGGCAUGGACUCGAAACAUUAUCACAGCUAAUAUGGUGGGAUACUGAAAUGAAAAGUUUGCGGGUAUUAAAAAUAGCAAAUAUUGUUGAUAAACCAAAAUUCGCAUAUCGUGGAUUAAUGUUAGAUACAUCACGUAAUUAUUUUUCAACUAAAGCCAUUAAACGGACUUUGGAUGGCAUGGCAGCUUCCAAAUUAAAUGCUUUUCAUUGGCAUAUAACAGAUUCACAAAGUUUUCCAUUUGAUUCACCUCGCGUGCCUGAAAUGAUUGAAAAUGGUGUACAUAAUCGAUUAAAUGUGUACUCAGCAAAAGAUAUCAUUGAAAUAUCCGAAUAUGCCCGGAUACGUGGAAUACGUGUGAUUAUUGAAAUCGAUACACCAGCGCAUGCAGGCAUGGGUUGGACAUGGGGCCCCUCAAAAGGCUUAGGUGAAUUAGCUCUUUGUGUUGGUCAACAACCGUGGAAUUUAUAUUGUGGAGAACCUCCAUGUGGACAAUUAAAUCCUCAAAAUCCUCAUGUUUAUAAAGUACUUGAAAAUUUGUAUAAGGACAUUAUCGAAUUAACCGGUGAGACAGAAAUAUUUCAUAUUGGAGGUGAUGAAGUUAAUUUAGAAUGUUGGAGUCAACACCAACAUUCAACGUCAUCAAACACGGAUCGUUUUAGCAGUUACAUGGAUUUACACGAAUUAUGGGGAAAUUUUACAAUAAAAGCAUUAGCUAGCUUAAAGGCUGCAAAUAAUGAUAAAAUUCCAUCUGCAACUAUUUUAUGGUCAAGUAAUUUAUCCAAACGUCCUUACAUUACCAAAUAUUUGGAUCCAGAGCACGUUGUAGUUCAAGUAUGGAGUCCAAUGUCAUGGGAGGAACCAAGUAUGUUAUGGGACGAUGGUUAUCGUACAAUUUUAUCUCAUGUCGAUGCAUGGUAUUUAGAUUGCGGAUUCGGUAAAUGGAGAGAACAAGGAGAUGCCGCAUGUGACCCAUAUCGAACAUGGCAAAAAGUUUAUAAACAUCGGCCAUGGCUCAGAUCACGAAUACCCGAACAUAAAUGGAAACUAAUAGUAGGAGGGGAAGCUUGUUUGUGGACAGAACAAGUGAAUGAAAUGGCAUUAGAUGGUCGAUUAUGGCCUAGAGCUGCUGCAUUUGCUGAACGACUCUGGAGUGAUAUACCAGUCGAUAGUGAGUCAAUUGUAGAAAUUCCAGAAGAUACUUAUACAAGACUGGAUACACAUAGGUAUCGUUUGGUUGACCGUGGUAUUUCAGCUGAAAGUUUAUGGCCAGAAUGGUGUACUUAUAAUCCUGGUAUGUGCCUUUAAUGGCAACAGUAUUGAAAAUAUAGUUAUUAGUCAUUUGCCAAAUAAUUUCGGUAUAAAAUGUUAGCAAAAAUUGUGCCUUAAUACCAAAGAGUUUAAGCAAACAUAUUUUCUAUACGAAAUUCCAUUGAAAUAUAUUUUUAGACAAAAUUUGAAGAAUGCUAGGUAUAACAGGGUUUUACCAACAGUAUUUUAUCUUUUGAAGCAAUAAGAAAGGACAAUAAAAUUUAGCUUAAUUAAUAUUCAUCUGCAGCUGGAAUAUCAUGAAUUUAUGUUCCUGCAAACACGAUUAUCUACUGACUUUUUUUUAGUAAUUUUUUAGUAAAAAAGGUAUUGAAACCUUUAAGUUAACAAUAGUACAUUGUUUGAAAUAAUCUGUGACCUAAGAAAUAAGGAGACGAUAGCUGAUGAUGUAUAAAAGGCAUGAUAAAUAGAAAGGGAAUGUAACAAAACGACCAUUUGAGACUGAUCGUGGAACAAUUAUAAUGGAAUAAACAUAUCUAGUUAGCCAAUCACAAGUCGUUUUGUUUUUCGUUUCAUUUCUACUAAAAUUUACUUAGAGCAACUAUGAAAGGGAUAUUAUAGUAUUUUGUUAAUAUGAAGAUAAUGAAAUUGAUUAGCCAAAACUACUUCAAUUCAGUAGGUUGCUUUAAUACCAACAAACAGUUAACAAAAAGUUAUAAUCUAUCGUCCAUGGUAUCAGCUGAAAUUAAUUUGUAUGUACAUAUUGUAAUCCGCGUUUCAAACAAAUAAGGGUUGUAAUAACUCAAGUUAACAAUCCACAGAUUGUAAUUCAUUUAAAAUGUUGUUAAAUCAAAAGGUUUUAAUUACUGGACUGUACAUCCAUAAUAAUAAUAUAACCGCCUGGCAAAACAGGAAAAACUUUAUUGACAUCAAUUUUAUAGUGAUACAAUGGUAACAGGUAUGGCAAAGUCCAGAUAUUAAAAUCUUCGAUUAAAUCAUUCAAGUACUCCAUGUUUUCGUUACAAUCCGGUUAUUUUCAAAAUAAACAUUCCCCCAGUUAUUUUAAUGGUGCACCCAAAAUGCAAAUUUGGAAUUUAAUUUCUUUAUAAUUAUGUAUAUAAUUUAUUCCCGUUAUUAGUAGUAUUAACCAGUAUUCCUCAAUAAUAUUAAUGGUGCAACUUUAUUAGUUAGUAAGUUUCCAUUUUUGUAAAUAUACGCUU